AUGGAAGAGAUGGCUCAACGGUAUCCGCAUUGUCGUAAUUUACCAAUCGAGUCCUAUUCAAAUGUCCGUCCGCGUAUACUCAUCGGUCUGAAACAUGCCCCUGUCAGCUUGGUACUGAAAAGUAAAGAAGGGAAUUUCGAACAACCAAUCGCCGUUAAGACUAGACUGGGAUGGGCAAUCUGUGGCGGAUGUUGUGCCAAUGAUGCUGCAAACUUUGUCCAUUAUACGUUUCACGUUUGCGAAUGUAACCGUCAAUCCGAUGAUGAUGUACAUCAAAUGGUGAAAGAAUAUUUUUCGAUGGAUAGUCUCGGAAUAAUGAAAACAUACAAAAAACUGCUAUCCACGAACGACCAGAGAGCUGCUUCACUACUUCAAUCUCUUACCAAGUUCAACGGUACCCGAUUUGAGACCGGUCUAUUAUGGCGCUACGACGGUGUCCGUUUUCCAGAUAGUAAGGAUAUGGCGCUACGUCGGUACUACGGACUUGAGAGGCGGAUGCAGAAGGAUGCGGAACUAGCCAACGCUCUGCAACAGAAGAUAUCUGAAUAUCUGGUCAAAGGAUACGUGCGCCAACUGUCAGACGAUGAGCUAAAAAGGCAUUACCCAAGAGUGUGGUAUUUACCUAUCUUCCCAGUUUUUAACCCGAAUAAACCCGGUAAAAUAAGAAUAGUGUGGGAUGGAGCCGCAAAAGUCUUUGGUAUUUCUCUAAACUCGGCACUUUUAACGGGCCCCGACCAGUUGUGUUCUCUCGUCGCAAUAUUGUUACAAUUUCGUGAAUACCGCGUCGGGGUUACUGGGGACAUAAAGGAGAUGUUCCACCAGAUCCUCAUGCGACCGGAAGACCAACAUUGUCUACGGUUCUUCUGGAGAGACAAGAAUGGUGAGAUCCAGGUUUACGUGAUGAACGUAAUGGCAUUCGGAGCCAGCGAUGCGAUGUUCAGCACAGACACACCAGAGCACGCCAUUCGUCUAGCGCGAGAAGUUAGCCAAGUGCAUUCCGCCGGUGGUUUUGAAAUCCGUAACUGGGUGAGCAACUCUCAACAAGUAUUAAGCGCGUUGAAAGAAGGCAGUAUGACUGAGAAAAAUAUGGAUUUGACGACGGGACCGAUGGCGACGGAGAAAGUGUUAGGAAUGUGGUGGUGCACUAAAUCCGAUGAAUUCAUAUACAAAAUUGGAUGGAACCGGUUCAACCCCGAUCUGCUCAACGGAUGUCGUCGAAUCACAAAACGCCAAAUGCUGCAGAUCCUCAUGACUAUCUUCGAUCCCCUCGGACUGAUUUCCCAUUUCCUGAUGUACUUAAAAGUACUGCUCCAAGAAGUGUGGCGAGCUGGUAUUCAAUGGGAUGAACAAAUCAGCGACCCACUACACGAAAAGUGGAUCAGAUGGCUAAAAGUGCUGCCAAAUGUGGAGAACGUCAGAAUUCCGCGGUGUCUUCGAUCUUCGGCGAUACCCAACAAUUGCGAGGUACAACUGCAUUCAUUCGUAGAUGCCAGCGAAAAUGGUAUGUCAGCUGCUCUGUACCUCCGUUUCAAUCUAGACGACAACAUCUGCUGUUCCUUAGUGGCAGCAAAAACCAGGGUAGCCCCUCUGAGAUUCCACUCCAUCCCGAGACUGGAGCUGCAGGCAGCUCUCAUAGGGGCCAGAUUAACCCGGACGGUUAUGCAAUCCCUCUCCACUUCGAUUCAUCGCAAGUUCUACUGGACCGACUCCCGUGACGUCCUCAGCUGGAUAAAUUCGGACCAUCGACGAUACAGUACUUUCGUGGCGUUUCGGGUCGGCGAAAUACUCGAUGCCACGGAAGCAGCAGAUUGGCAUUGGGUACCGUCCAAACAAAAUGUAGCGGAUGACGGCACCAAGUGGGAGACGCAGCCUGACCUUUCUUCAAAAUCCAGGUGGUUCAGAGGUCCCGAUUUCCUCUAUCGAAGUGAAGCGGAAUGGCCCAAAUCAUGUUCGAUGUCCAUGCAAACAGACAACGAAUUGCGAUCUUCCCUCAUGGUUCAUCACUUGUCGCCCGACUCAAUUAUCAACGUCGCGGAUUUCUCAAGCUGGAAACGACUCAACAAUGUGGUUGCCUACGUUCAUCGCUUCAUCGAAAACUGCCGAAGACGGAGAACCAAACAGUUCAUCGAAAGUGGCCCGUUGUCCAGAGAAGAACUCUACGCUUCCGAAGGUUUCCUGUUCCGUCUAGCUCAACGGGAAGGUUAUAACGAAGAGGUAGUCCUUCUGACCGCCAACUGCAAGAAUACAUCAGAUAAUGUCCUUCCUAAAAGCAGCCGAUUAUACAAGCUGUUGCCCAGAUUGGACGAGCGUGGAGUGAUGCGAAUGCGCAGUAGAAUAGCUGCCUGUCAAUACGCCACCGAAGACGCGAAAAGUCCGGUGAUUCUUCCAAACGACCACCCUGUGACCAUUCUGCUGAUUUACCACUACCACCAAAAAUUUCAUCAUCAAAAUCAUGCUGCCGUUGUGAACGAGAUGCGUCAAAGAUUCGUGAUCUCUCGCCUUCGCGUUCGGUAUGAAACCGUCAGAAAAACAGGAAAGCGGUUAGCUGCCUAUACACGACCGUUUACGCACAUCGGCGUCGACUACUUCGGCCCCAUGGAAGUCGUAAUUGGAAGAAGAACAGAGAAAAGAUGGGGAAUGAUCGCCACAUGUCUUACGACACGAGCAAUUCAUAUCGAGUUGGUAAACUCGCUAAGCACCAAUUCGUGCAUAAUCGCAUUACGAAACUUCAUGAGUCGACGGGGAACACCAAGAACUAUUCGAAGCGACCGGGGAACAAACUUCAUUGGCGCCAGCCGAGAGCUUAAAAGGCUCCGGGAAAUCAUCGACUAUGACCAGGUCGCCAAAGAAUUUGUUACGGCAGAGACAAGCUGGCAUUUCAACCCACCCUUGGCUCCACACAUGGGUGGUAGUUGGGAGCGAUUGAUCCAGAGUGUGAAGAAAAACUUAUUGGUCAUCUGUCCCUCGAAGAAGCCAACUGAAGAAGUUCUGCGGAGCUGUCUAAUUGAAAUUGAAGGCACGUUGAACUCCCGGCCACUCACUCACGUGCCCAUUGAUAAUGAAUCAUCAACCGCACUCACACCCAACCACUUCCUUUUGGGGUCAUCCGAUGGCUCGAAACCCUUCACGUCAUUGGACGACAGUGGUGCCCUUCUUAAGCAAAGCUGGCGUACAUCCCAGGCGCUGGCCAACCAAUUUUGGAAACGCUGGCUGUCUGACUAUCUCCCUGAAAUUACGAGACGAACAAAAUGGUACGCCGACGAGAAGCCAAUUUCUGUGGACGACAUCGUGGUCAUCGUAGACCCAAACCUCCCGAGAAACAGUUGGCCAAGAGGUAGGGUCAUUGCUACUCAUCCAAGCAAAGAUGGACGGAUCCGGUCAGCUACGGUAAAGACAUCAACUGGCGAUUACGAUCGACCUGUAACCAAACUGGCGGUUCUGGAAGUUCGAUGCGGAGAAGAGUAA